AUGCCACCAGCACUGCGCCAGAACAAUUUUUAUUCGGUGGUAACGCGCCAAGACAAUUCGAUUUUGAAAGAUACAAUGAAAGCAGCAACAGCACUUCAGUACCUUUUUGUGCCAACGCUGUUCCGGCAGUACAUUUCUUUCGUACUCCAUGUCUAUGUUCAGUCGGUGCUUUUACUCCACAGGAAUGCUCAUACAACAACUACGGCAACUACACUACAUCAACCGAAACCAUUUUUUCUGGAAAAGUUCUUCGUCCAACAGUACAAUCUGCGCAUGAAGUAG